AUGGCUGUGGGCACCCAGCUGGGGCUGCUGCUCUGGAAGAACUUCACCUACCGCCGGCGGCAGCGGAUCCAGCUGGCCAUUGAGCUCCUGUGGCCCCUCUUCCUCUUCUUCAUCUUGAUCUCGGUGCGGCAAUCCCACCCGCCCUUCAAGCAGCAUGAGUGCCACUUCCCCAACAAGGCCCUUCCCUCGGCCGGGACCCUGCCCUGGCUCCAGGGCAUCAUCUGCAACAUGAACAACCCCUGCUUUCGGCACCCUACCGUGGGAGAGGCCCCCGGCGUGGUGGGCAACUUCGACGGCUCCAUCCUCUCCCGCCUGCUGGCCGAAGCCCGGCGGGUCCUGGUCCACACUGACGGGCACCGGCUCCUGCGCGGCUUCGCCCAACUCCUGCCCGCCCUGCGCCGGCUCGGGGGGACCCUGCCGGUGAGGGACUACCUGAGAGAGGAUGAGACCUUCUCGUGGUUCCUCUGGACCAACACGUCUCUGCCCCCGGAGCUGGUGGACGAGCUGAUGGGGGCCCGGCUCAACCCCCGCAUCUUCUCCCUGGCGAGCACCCGCCUCCCGCUGAAGGCCGUGGUCUGCAACGCCUCGGAGCUGGGGGGCUUCCUGGCGGGGGGCGAUGCCGCUUCCACCCAGCGCCUGCAGCGAGGGCUCUGCGACCUGCCUGGCCCCCAGCUCCGCGCCAUGGAGGGCUCCUUUCUCUCCCAGCUCGACCUCCCCCGGCUCCUGGUGGAACAGCUGAGCUCAGAGGUGGGUGGCAUUGCUGGCACCACGGAAGCCUUGGGCACCUUCCUGCGGGAUGCAGCAUCCCUGAUGGAGGAGGUCUCCUCAAUGACCAGCCUCGCCGAGCUGCGGCGGGAGCUCGGGGCACUGAUGGCCCCCAAUGCCAGCGCCGCCGGCUCAGGCGCCUUCGGGGCCCUGUCGCGCAUCGCCUGUGGGCACCCCGAGGGCGGGGGGCUUAGGGUCCCCUCCCUCAAUUGGUAUGAGGACAACGACGUCAAAGCCUUCCUGGACCGCAACAGCUCGGAGCGGAGAGCCACGGCCCCGGACAGCGCCAGCAGUCCCUUCUGCCGAGAGCUGGUCCGCAGCCUGGAGUCCAGCCCCCUUUCGCAGAUCUUAUGGCGGGGGAUCAAGCCCCUCUUCAUGGGGAAGAUCCUGUACACGCCGCCUGGCCCCGGCCCCGACAGCAUCAUGGCCGAGGUGAACCGGACCUUCCGGGAGCUGGCGGUGCUGGGGGAGGCAGGGGGUGCCUGGCGGGAGCUGGGACCCCGCAUCUACACCUUCCUCAACGGCAGCCUGGAGAUGCAGGUCCUCCGGGAUCUGCUGCUGGCCCCGGGGACGGCCCAGCUCCUGGACGGGUUCCUCAACGGCACCUCCUGGAAGCUGCCGGCGCUGGCGGGGUUCCUGGCGGGGCCGGCGGCAGGGCCGGGGCUCACCUGGCAGCAGGUGUACGCUGACGCCGACAUGGUCCUGAGCACGCUGUCACAGUUCAUGGAGUGUGUCUGCCUGGACAAGAUCGAGGCAGUGGCCACCGAGGACCAGCUGGUGGCCCGGGCCCUGGAGCUGCUGGAGGAGCAGCAGUUCUGGGCAGCUGUGGUCUUCCAGCCCCCCACCAAUGCCACAGCCCCCGCGCUGCCCCCCCAUGUCCGCUACAAGAUCCGCAUGGACAUCGACGAUGUCACGAGGACCAACAAGAUCAAGGACAGGUUUUGGGACCCAGGCCCUGCGGCCGACCCCUUCAGCGACCUGCGCUACGUGUGGGGGGGGUUCAUCUACGUGCAGGACCUGGUGGAGCAGGCGGUGGUGCGGGUGCAGACCGGGGCUGCCCCACAGACGGGGGUCUACGUCCAGCAAAUGCCCUACCCCUGCUACGUGGAUGAUGUGUUUCUGCGGGUCCUGAACCGCUCGCUGCCCCUCUUCAUGACGCUGGCCUGGAUCUACUCGGUGGCCAUGAUCAUCAAGGGGGUGGUGCACGAGAAGGAGACGCGUCUCAAGGAGACCAUGAAGACUAUGGGGCUGAGCAACGGGAUCCUCUGGCUCAGCUGGUUCCUCAGCAGCUUCAUCCCCUUCCUCCUCAGCUCUGCCCUCCUUGUUCUCAUCCUCAAGCUGGGAAACAUCCUGCCCUACAGUGACCCGGCUGUCAUCUUCCUCUUCCUCGGCACCUUCUCGGUGGCCACCAUCAGCCAGUGCUUCCUCAUCAGCACCUUCUUUCCCCGCGCUAACCUGGCCUCGGCUUGCGGUGGCAUCAUCUAUUUCUCCCUCUACCUGCCCUAUGUGCUGUGCGUCGCCUGGCGCGACCACAUCACCUUCCCGCUCCGCGUCCUUGUGAGCCUGCUGUCACCGGUGGCCUUUGGCUUCGGCUGCGAGUACUUCUCCCUUUAUGAGGAGCAGGGGGUGGGCAUCCAGUGGCACAACCUGGGCACCAGCCCUGUGCCGGGAGACCCCUACAACUUCGCCACGGCCAUGGGGUUGCUGCUGCUGGAUGCUGGCCUCUACGGCCUGGCCACCUGGUACCUCGAGGGCGUCUUCCCAGGUCAGUAUGGGAUCCCCAAGCCCUGGAAUUUCCCCUUCCUGAAGAGCUACUGGCUUGGAGAGCCAUCCUCGGCUGGGCACCCCCCGUACCCCACCAGCCCCUUCGCUGCACCCCAAGUGCUGGUGGAGGAGCCGCCUGCCCAGCUCCAGCCUGGCGUCUCCAUCCGCAACCUGGUGAAGAUUUACCGCAACAGCAGCCGCGUGGCCGUCAAUGGGCUGAGCCUGGACUUCUACGAGGGGCAAAUCACCUCCUUCCUGGGCCACAACGGAGCCGGCAAGACCACCACCAUGUCCAUCCUGACCGGCCUCCUGCCCCCCACCUCCGGCACUGCCUAUAUCCUGGGCUGGGACAUCCGCUCCGAUAUCGACAGCAUCCGCAAAACCAUGGGGAUGUGUCCCCAGCACAACGUGCUCUUCGACAUCCUGACAGUGGAGGAGCACGUCUGGUUCUACGGGCGGCUGAAGGGGCUGUCGGAGAAGCAGGUGAAGGCAGAGAUGGAGCAGUUGAUCCAGGACACGGGGCUGCCCCACAAGCGCCGGGAGCAGACCAGGAACCUCUCAGGCGGAAUGCAGCGGAAGCUCUCGGUGGCCAUCGCCUUCGUGGGCGGCUCCCGGGUGGUCAUCCUGGACGAGCCCACGGCUGGCAUCGACCCCUACUCCCGCCGCAGCAUCUGGGAGCUGCUGCUCAAAUACCGCAAAGGCCGCACCAUCAUCCUCUCCACCCACUACAUGGACGAGGCGGAACUGCUGGGGGACCGCACCGCCAUCAUCUCGCAGGGGCGGCUCUGCUGCUGCGGGUCCCCGCUCUUCCUCAAGGCCAGGCUGGGCACCGGCUACCACCUCACCCUGGUGAAGCGGGAGCGGGUCGGAAUGGGCGGCAGCACCGGCAAUGUCCCCGGCACCACCAAAAAGGACGGCAGUGACUCGGAGCACAGCAGCGACACGGGCCUGGGCAGUGAGCGGGGCAGUGAGGCCAGCACUGUGGAUGUGCCCCAGCUGUCGGCGCUGAUCCAGAAGCUGGUGCCGGGCUCCCAGCUAGUGGAGGACAUUGGGCACGAGGUGCUCUUCGUCCUGCCCUACAGUGGGGCCAAGGACGGGGCGUUCGGGGACCUCUUCCAUGAGCUGGACACCCACCUGGGGGAACUGGGCAUCUCCAGCUACGGCAUCUCCGACACCACCCUGGAAGAGAUCUUUCUGAAGGUGGCUCAGGACACUGGGGUGGACUCUGAGGUGGGGGACACAACCCUGCCAGCACACCGUUCCCCCUGCACGUCUCCCGACAUGAACCCCUGCCCCUCACCGCCGCCUGUGCCGGGGCCAGACCCAAACCCAUCUCUGCCCCCGCAGCAGGAGCCCCGGGAGACGGACCUGCUGCGCGGGGCGGCCGGGCAGGCCAGCCGCAGGGUGAGGGGCUGGGCGCUGACCCGCCAGCAGCUCCGUGCCCUCUUCAUCAAGAGGAUGCUCCAUGCGCGACGCAGCACCCGGGGCUUCUUCGCGCAGAUCGUCCUGCCUGCUGUCUUCGUCUGCAUCGCCCUGCUCUUCAGCCUCAUCGUGCCACCCUUCGGGAAGUACCCACCGCUGCGCCUCCAGCCCUGGAUGUACGGGCAGCAGUUCACCUUCUUCAGCAACGAUGCCCCGGGCGACCCCGACACGGCUCGGCUCCUGGCCGCGCUCCUGGCCGAGCCGGGCUUCGGCACCAAGUGCAUGAAGGAUGCUGAUGAGGCGACGGCACCAUGCCCACCGGCUUCCCACCCCGACGGCUUCUUGGUCCCCCCGGCUCCCCCAGCCCUGCUGGAAGCGUUGCGGCGCGGGAACUGGACGCGAGCCGAGCCGUCCCCCCGCUGCCAGUGCAGCGGACCAGGGGCUCAAAGGAUGCUGCCUGACUGCCCCGAGGGGGCCGGGGGGCUCCCACCACCCCAGGUGCAAAGGGGCACAGGUGACAUCCUGCAGAACCUGACGGGCAGGAACAUCUCUGACUACCUGGUGAAGACCUACCCCCAGAUCAUCCGCUGGGGGCUGAGGAACAAGAAGUGGGUGAAUGAGCAGAGGUACGGUGGCUUUUCUCUGGGUGCUGGCAGCUCCCAGGCCCUGCCGUCGGCAGCAGAGGUGGAUGAGGCGGUGCUGGAGCUCCGGGCACUGUUCAACAUCACCCCGGGCAGCCCCUCAGACCGGCUCCUGGGCAACCUCAGCCGCUUCAUCGAGGGCUUGGACGCUCGCAGGAACAUCAAGGUCUGGUUCAACAACAAGGGCUGGCACGCCAUGGUUUCCUUCGUCAAUGUGGCCAGCAACGGGCUGCUGCGUGCUUGGCUGCCCGCUGGGACCGACCCCGCGCUCUACGGCAUCACGGCCACCAACCACCCCCUCAACCUCACCAAGGAGCAGCUCUCGGAGGCUGCCCUGAUGGCCACCUCAGUGGACGUGCUGGUGUCCAUCUGCGUGAUCUUCGCCAUGUCCUUCGUCCCAGCCAGCUUCGUGCUCUUCCUCAUUGAGGAGCGGGUCAGCAAGGCCAAGCAUCUGCAGUUUGUCAGUGGGAUGAAGCCUGUCACCUACUGGCUGGGCAACUUCACCUGGGACAUGUGCAACUACCUGGUCCCUGCACUGCUGGUCAUCCUCAUCUUCCUCUGCUUCCAGCAGGAGUCCUACGUGUCCUCUGCCAACCUGCCCUCCCUCGUGCUGCUGCUGCUGCUCUACGGCUGGUCCAUCACCCCCCUGAUGUACCCAGCCUCCUUCCUCUUCAGCAUCCCCAGCACCGCCUACGUGGCCCUGACGUGCAUCAACCUCUUCAUUGGCAUCAACGGCAGCGUGGCCACCUUCGUGCUGGAGCUCUUUGUGGACCAGAACCUCAACAACAUCAACCGCAUCCUGAAGAAAGUUUUCCUCGUCUUCCCCCACUUCUGCCUGGGCCGAGGCCUCAUUGACAUGGUGAAGAACCAGGCAAUGGCCGAUGCCUUCGAGAGGUUCGGGGACAGGCACUUCGUGUCCCCCUUGUCCUGGGAUCUGGCAGGGAAGAACAUGUUCGCCAUGGCCGUUGAGGGUGUCAUCUUCUUCCUCUUCACCAUCCUUCUGCAAUACCGCUUCUUCCUGCGGCUCGGGCCACGGGCUCUGCAGCUGCCCUCGCUGGGGGAGGAGGACGGGGAUGUGGCCAGGGAGCGGGCGAGGGUGGGCAGCACCCCCCCGCACAGCCACCUCCUGCUGCUGAAGGACCUGACCAAGGUGUACCGGCGCAGGAAGGCUCCGGCGGUGGACCGGCUCUGCGUUGCCAUCCCCCCUGGGGAGUGCUUCGGCCUCCUGGGUGUGAACGGUGCCGGGAAGACUUCCACCUUCAAGAUGCUGACAGGGGACACGGAGGUGACGCUGGGGGAGGCCUGGCUGAAAGGGCACAGCGUGCUCACCGACCUGCAGUCCGUCCACCAGCACAUGGGUUACUGCCCCCAGUUCGACGCCAUCACAGACCUGCUGACGGGGCGGGAGCAUCUGGAGUUUUACAGCCGCCUGCGUGGCAUCCCAGAGGAGGAGACCCCCAGGGUAGCUCAGUGGGGUAUCACCAAGCUGGGGCUGGGGCCACACGCAGACCGGCCGGCGGGCAAGUACAGCGGGGGCAACAAGCGCAAGCUCUCCACAGCUAUAGCGCUCCUCGGCUCCCCCCCAGUCAUCUUCCUGGAUGAGCCUACGACGGGGAUGGACCCGCGAGCCCGGCGGUUCCUGUGGGACUGCAUCCUCAGCGUCAUCCGGGAAGGCAGGUCCGUGGUGCUCACGUCCCACAGCAUGGAGGAGUGCGAGGCGCUGUGCACCAGGAUGGCCAUCAUGGUCAACGGCCGGUUCCGCUGCCUGGGCAGCGUCCAGCACCUCAAGAACAGGUUUGGGGAUGGCUACACGGUGGUGGUGCGGGUGGGCGGCCCCGGUCCGGCACCGGUGGAGAGCCUGAUGCAGCACCGCUUCCCCGGCAUCGUGCUGAAGGAGCGACACGGGGGGCUGCUGCAGUACCAGCUGCCCUCCCACGCCGGCUCCCUGGCCAGUGUCUUCAGCGUUCUGGCAGCCCACCGUGGCCCCUGCCACAUCGAGGACUACUCCGUGUCCCAGACCACCCUCGACCAGGUCUUCGUGCACUUUGCCAGGGAGCAGAGCGACGAGGACCCCGGAGGGGCUGCAGCCCCAGGGCAGGAUGUGGCCCCAGUGGCACCCAGCCCUGGGAGGAGGCUGACACCAUUCCUGGAGGAUGACAGCUACCAGGAGAGUGCUGUCUGA